AUGCGAUCCUCGCGGCGCGGCGGAGGUCGCCGCGCCGACCACCCCUUCCCUCUGGUCCCUCGCGACCCCGAGAAUUUGGACCGCGACCCCGAGACGCUCAAGCGGCAGACCGCGUACCUAGCCUGCGCGCUCAACGACCCGACCGAGCUCAACGCGCUCCACGCGGCGCAGACGUCCGCCACCCCGGACGCCUCGGAGGUUCUCAACUCCUUGGGUCAGUACCUGGGCGUCCCGGGGUUCGAACGUGAGCCGUCGAGCGGCGGCGCGCGGGGGUUGAGCGCGGAGGAGCGACCCCCGCCGCUGGCCAAAGGGGUGCUCCCGGAGGUGGCGCGGGGCGAUCACGAUGCGUACCUUCGCAAGGUGGCGGGAUGGGGCGCGUUCACCGCGGCGAACGCGGAUCGACGCGCGCGAGACGCCGAGGAUGAAGCCGACGGACGGAGGAGGAACGCAUUCGACGCCGACGACGACGCCGAACACAGCUGUGCGACGUCCGGCAUCCCAUCGUCCAACGGAGAAGAAAACGAGCGACGCGACGCGACCGAUCGUUGGACUCUGCAGCGAUCAUCGGACCUCGACCGUCACGCCCACGAGGACGUCCCGGCGAUGUACUUCGACGACUCCUUCGACCUCUCGGAUCCGGCGGUGUUCCGCCGCGCGUUUUGCCCCGACGACGACGACGACGAUCUUAACGACACAGCUGGCGAGUCGUCGCGCACAGCUGUGCGAGCGUCGACGUCGUCGUCGCAUCCGACAGCUGUGCGCCGGUCCCGGGCGUUAUUCGGGUUGGCCGCCCAAACGCGCCUGGGCUCGUACUUAGAUAAGAUCGAGACGUCGCUCGUGCUGGCGAUCGGGUCACGGAGCGAGUCGUUCUUCGAGGCGUCCGCUCGAUUGCACGAGCUCGACGCGUUCGUGUCGGAGACGUGCGAGACAAUCGAGCGGACCCGCCGAACGCUUCUGGACGCGUCCACGUACGCCGCGCGAGCGCGGGAGUCGGUCGCGAGCCUCCACAGCAAACGCGCGAACCUCGCGGCGUUAGCGGACGCGUUCGAACAGCUCGCGACGGUGCGCGAGUGCCGCGAGGAUCUCGACGUGUUACGACGAGCGGGUGAUUGGGGCGGAAGUUUAGAGGCGUGCGAGGACGUUCGAAGAGCGAUCGCGUCGCCGUCGCUUCCGCCCGGGCUGCGUUUGCUCGAGGACGUCGCGCAUCACGCGGACGUCACGGAGCGCGAUGUGGUGGACGCGCUCGUGUGCGAGUUUGUUCGCGCGGCGAGGGUCCAGCCCGGGUCGGUGGGAUACGUGCAACACGGGGGCGAGAGGGGCGAUGACGGGGGCGGUGACUCACCGGGCGGUGACUCACCGGGCGGUGACUCACCGGGCGGCGGCGGGAGUUGGUCGCCGGCGACGACGCGCGCGGCGCUCGCGGCGGUACGCGCGGCCGCGAGGGACGCCGGCAUGGAAGGCGUCGAGGACGAAGAGGAGGACGAAGACGAAGAGGAUGCGUACGAGACGGAUACCGGCCUCGGCCCCGGCGAAACCUCCGCGGCGGAUGUUCGCGAGUCGCUGCUUCCCCCGUUGAUGGCGCUCACCCGCGGCGCGACGGACCGUGUAAGUGGCGGUCGGAUCGCCGACGCCAUGCGCGCUUGGGGCCGAACGGCGGCGGCGGACGCGCGCGCGUGCGUUCGAGCGGCGUGCAUCGCGUGCAUCGCGGCUGUCCAACCGGGCGGGGAGUACGCCGUCGCGGAGCCCGGCGGGCGUAACGCGAGCCCCGAGUCUUUCUCGGGCGGCGGUCGCGACGGGAUCAUCCAGCGCGCCAUCGGGGCACUCCCGCCCAGCGUUUUCGCGGUCGUCGUGCGCGCGGUGACGGUGGCGUUGGCGGGGCACUUCGCGCGCGCCGAUAUCGUCCGUUCCGCGGUGCGCAGCGCGCUCGGCACGGCGCCGCGCCGGGGCGACGACGACGUCGGCCGCGGACAAAAAACAAAAAACGACGACGAAAAAAACGCAUCCGGAACUCCAACCGACGAGUGCGCGAGGGCCGCGUGCGCCGCUUUACCGGCCGGCGAACGCGCGGCGGCGUCCGCGGCGGCGUCCGACGCGGUGCUCGCGCUGACGGACGCCGCGCAGGGCGCCGUGGCGAGGGCGAUCGCGUCUCUAACGAAAGGUUGCACCCUCGCCGAAUUUUCAAACGUGUGCGACGCCGCGGAUGACUUUUUGGAACGCGCGGAACGGCUCGGCGGCGGGAGACGGUGCCUCGCCCUGCGCGCCACGCUCGCGGCGCAGUGCAAGGACCUCUUCGCGGCGAGGCACGCGGCGUUCGCGGCCAAGCUCGGGGUGGUUUUGGAGGCGGAGACGUGGACGGCAGCGACUCCGGUGCCGCCCGAAUUCCAACGCGUCCUCGACGACGUGGUAUCGUUCGCCGCGGCGGGUCGCGAGGGGAACGAGGAGAGCGGUGACGCGUCGGUGACGACGAACGGUGACGCGUCAUCAUGCGCGAGCGCAGACGCGCUCAUGUUUCCAAACACCGGCGAGCGCGUCGUUCCCGUCGGAGCGUCGCUCGCGCUGCUGAAGAUGCUUCGCGACCACGUCGCGUCCGCGGCUCGGUUCCCCUCGCUCGCGCCGACGGCGGUGCACAAGACGGCGGAGUUGCUCCGGGUGUUCAACGCCCGAACGGCGGCGCUGGUGCUCGGGGCGGGGGCGAUGCGAACCGCGGGGUUGAGGUCCAUAACCGCGAAGCAUCUCGCGCUCGCGACGGAGAGCGUGCGUUUGUUUUCGCUGGUGACGCCGCUCUUGUCCGCGGCUCUCGCGCCGGCGCUACCGCAGUCGAGGCGCCGCGGGUUACUCGCCGACUUCGACGCGACCGUUAAAGACCUCGCGACGCAUAAAAGGGAGCUGCACGCCAAGACGGUGGGAAUCAUGCGGGACCGGUUGGCGCACCACUCGUCGCGGUUACCCACGAUUUGGUGCUCGAGGGUCUUCACCGGGCGCUCGAGAAAAGCCGGGUCGAGUGUUGGUUGGAGAGAAAGAACGGAGGAGGACGAGAGUAAGGGGGAGAGUAAGGAGGACGCCGAGGCGCGAGGCCCGUCGGAGUUCGCGACGGCGCUGGGCAAGGAGAUCGGGACGCUCCGACGCGUCAUCGCCGGGACGCUGUGCGCGAGAGACGCGUCCGCGGUGUUGGACGAGGUCCUCGCGCAUUUCGACGAGUGCGCCACGGGGACGCUUCGCGAGGCGAGACGUUCGGUGGCGAAGGAGUGGAUGGCCAAGAUGGGGGAUGAUAGCGGUGAGGGGAGCGGAUCCGGGGACGGUGCGGGUGCCGAGGGGGUUGCCGAGGGGGGUGCCGAGGGGGGUGCCGAGGGGGGCGACGACGCGGAGAUUGCGUCGAAGGCGCCGCCGAGCGACGAGGAGGUGCGCGCGUUGAUUGCGCUCGACGGCGCCGCGCUGUUGGAGUGUCUCGGGACGCUCGUGAAGGGCGGCGAGGGCGGGGACGGCGCGGUUGGGGCGCCCACGCUGACGAGGUUUCUGUCGGAGCUUUAG